AAAAAAAUGUCCGAGAGGAAAUAAGGUAAAAAAAAAAAAAAGAAGAAAUCUGCUUUGUAAGGAAAAGAGUUAGUGCUCGUGAUAUUUUGAUUCCUGUCUCUUCGUUAUCGAUUUUAAGACAUCCACAUUGGUCGUAGAUCUGAACAAAAAAGAUAAAAAUAAAUCCCACGGAUUGGAUAUUACGAUUACCGCGUCUAUCGAGAUUCGAUUGUUGUGUUCGAGGGUCACAGACGACGAGGAGCGAGUUGAUUCGAUUUGGAUUGUCUGGUGUUUCGCAUUCCGGAUCUAACCGGGGCGGGUCGACAUUGUUAGGUGGAUCUGAAGAAGAGAGAUGGAUGUAUCGGCGGUUAGCGAAGAGCUGGCUGAGCUCGAAGGACAAAUCAAUGACAUCUUCCGUGCUUUGUCAAACGGAUUCCAGAAGCUGGAGAAGAUCAAAGAUGCUAAUAGGCAGAGUAGGCAGCUCGAAGAGCUCACUGACAAAAUGCGUGACUGCAAGAGCCUUAUUAAAGAUUUUGAUAGGGAAGUCAAAAGCUUGGAAAGUGGAAAUGAUGCCAACACUAACCGGAUGCUCAACGACAGACGACAAUCCAUGGUUAAGGAAUUAAACUCAUAUGUUGCUCUCAAGAAGAAAUACUCAUCCAAUCUAGCAAGCAAUAAUAAGCGAGUAGAUCUUUUCGAUGGACCUGCCGAAGACCACAUGGAAGAGAAUGUCUUACUUGCUUCAAACAUGUCCAAUCAAGAACUAAUGAAUAAAGGAAACUCCAUGAUGGAUGAUACUGAUCAAGCCAUUGAAAGGGGCAAAAAGGUUGUUCUGGAGACUAUAAAUGUGGGAACAGAUACUUCAGCAGCUCUCAAGGCUCAGACCGAUCAAAUGAGUAGAGUUGUCAAUGAACUCGAUUCUAUCCAUUUCUCACUCAAGAAGGCCUCCAAGCUGGUCAAGGAAAUUGGUAGGCAGGUGGCCACAGACAAAUGUAUUAUGGCAUUUCUUUUCCUUAUUGUCAUUGGUGUCAUAGCAAUCAUCAUCGUCAAGAUUGUGAACCCAAACAACAAAGACAUCCGUGACAUACCUGGCCUAGCUCCACCAGCCAUGAAUAGACGUUUACUCUGGAACCAUUACUGAAAACAAAGAUUUCUCAUUUCAUGCAUUCAAAAUACUGGUUUCUUGUGCACGCUUCUUGGUCCUUCCCCCUAAGUCCAUGUUGCUGUAGAUGAACCCGCCUCACUUGAAAAAAUUAAUCAGUAUUUAUUCCCAUGGCUAUUGGCUUCUGCGCAUUUGAGAAGUCACAUGAAUCAAAUUCAUUUUCUUUACAAUCCCAGAUUCAAAAACCAUCAAUUUGUUGUUCAUGUGCUUUGUAUAACAAUGACUCUUUUUGUGUUAUAUCAUAUGUGUCUAUUUUUUUUAAAAACGUGGUCUAUGUUUUGUGUUCUGGUAAUAAUUUACUUCCUCUGUU